CCAAUCAGAAUCUUUUUUUUUGGGAGGGGAGGGGACAUUUCUUCAUAUAAUUGCAGACAGAUGUAGCUGUGUUCAAUACAUUUCAUGUAGCUGACUUGGAACAGAAAUACUUUUAAGUUAAGCAAGGACAAAGGAGACGUGGAAUUUCAAGAAUGUAUGGUUGCAAAACUGGUGCGGGCAAAGGAAAGGCUCCCAUGUAUCAGCAAAGAAGGCCAAAUUUUGACAAUGUGGACGACAAGAGUAAACCAUGGGCGAAAACCGGAGCGUGGUUCUUGGGACCAAAGGCUGACAACGCGGGUGCAUUUAAGGAAUUCGUGAAUAAAGCAAUUGAUAGCCAUAUUCAGUACAGGCAAAGCUAUUUUCCCUGUGACCCACCCUACGUCACAGAUGAAAUGCGCCAAUCAGAAUCAUUCCAAGAAGCUAUGAAGAAAAUUGAUGACGAGCUUCAGGAUAUGCAGAAACAGCUCGUUAAAGCUGUACCUUUCUUUAGUUCUCGUUACAAGGGUCACGUGACAUGGGAUACCGUCAUGCCUGCAAAUCUUGGUUACAUCACUGCCUUGAUGUUUAACCAAAACAACUGCGCUGCUGAAGCCUCCACCGUGACUACCAAGUAUGAAGUAGAAGUGGGCUUGGAUCUUUGCAAGAUGGUAGGCUUCGAUCCCGACAAGGCCAUGGGUCAUCUUGUCACUGGAGGUACCGUAGCUAACAUCGAGUCUAUGUGGGCUGCUCGCAACAUUAAGUAUUACCCCUUGGGUCUACAAGAUGCUAUCAAAAACGAAGACGUUCUUCAAAAGGCAAGGGAACUCACGGUUAAUCUACCAUCUAAGAAACAAGACGUGAAGAUUGUGGAUGCAACGAGCUGGGAACUUCUGAAUCUGAAAGCAGAUACGAUUGUGGCAUUGCCUGAGAAGGUCAGUGCCAUGUGUGCCAUCAGUGAAUCAGACUUGCUGGGCAUAAUGUCCAAAUAUGCGUACGAGUCUAUUGGUACCCAAGUCUUCUGUCAACGUCACAAUCUUAAAAACAACCCCUGCUCUCUUGCACCUACCACGGCCCAUGUCUCUAUAUUUAAAGGAGCAACCAUGCUUGGAGUAGGCAAAGGGAAUCUAGUGAUGGUCCCCGUCGAUGAGAAUGCUAGAAUGGACGUCAAGGGUUUGCGAGACAUCUUGGAAGACAAGCUGGCCAAUCAAAUCCCUGUCGUCAGCGUAGUAGCAGUGAUGGGUACCACUGAAGAGAGUGCUGUAGACCCACUCGUAGACAUUCUUGAGGUCCGCGAAGAAAUGAGGGCACGGGGGUUGGACUUCAUGAUUCAUGCAGAUGGAGCAUGRGGAGGAUACUUCUGUACCAUGUUACGAACUCCACCAACUCCAUUGGCCCAAACAAGUGAAAAUUCGUCAUGGUUUGUGCCUGAGCUCACUCUCAAUUAUCAUACUCACGCUCAACUGUCAGCGAUCCAAAACGUCGAUACCAUCACCAUUGAUCCACACAAAAGUGGUUUCUGUCCCUACCCUGGUGGUGCUACCUGUUAUCGUGACAGGCGAAUGAAUGGCUUCUYGAGCAUCACUAACCAGGUUACCUAUUACCAUGGAUCACUGAAUCUUGGAGAUGUUGGUAUUGAAGGAUCUAAACCUGGAGCAGCUGCUGCUGGGGUUGUUAUGGCACACAGGGUGAUUGGUCUGCAUAAGAAUGGCUAUGGAAGGAUUCUUGGUGAAUGCAUGUUCACGUCUAAGCUACUCUAUUGCUACUGGACCGCUCUCGCUGAGAAGGACGACCCUUUCUUUGUCGUUCCCACCAAACCUCUGCCCCCUGGCCGUACCCGUGAAGAACACAUAAAAUUCAUCAAAAAACACAUUAUUGGAAAAACGAAUGAGGAAUUGGCAGAGAAUGAUAAAGUGAUGGAGUAUCUYCGUGAAGUUGGUCCAGAUACAAUGGUUCCUUGUUUCACCUUGAACAUCAAGGGCAACACUGAUGUGAAUAAACUCAACGAURUCGUCCAGGCCGUGUUCAAAGAUCUUUGCAUGUCAGAUGACAGGGUUAGUGCUUUCCGAUUCCCGAUGCUGGUGACCGCGUCCACCUAUGGCCAUCAUCCUCACAGUACUGCAUUGAAGGAGCUCAAGAAACGACUGGGUGUCGAUCCUUAUGACACAACAGGAGUUAAGUACAUCAUUACAACCUGCAUGGAUCCUUGGGCCACUUCCAUYGAGUUCUUGGACGACCUGGCAUCCAUCAUGAGGAACACUAUUCUCUGUUCCAUUGGGACGGUGACAGAUCCUAAUGUCCAUCAUGACCUCGUAACCACUGGUCACAUCGAUCUGGUGUUACGAAGUGUGGAGCUAGAAAGACUUCACGAUCUGUUGUUGUAUGACUUUGACGAAGGAGAAGAGGGCAGACGGGAACCUGAGAUCGAGGUGGAGUGCUACUCGGGUUUACCUAAGGCGAGCGACAGGCCAUUUAUGAAAACCAAAAUAAGGGUUGUGGAUGUGGCCAGAUUUGAACACUUUGACCUAAAUGUCCGCAAGUAUCCUGAAAAUAGUAGGUAUUUCUUGUAUGGUGAUGAACAGAAGGCCUACAUCUCGCAUAUUCCUACUAAAGACCCUGACUUCCUGCAGUUGGUUGAAUUAGAGUCUGUUUCUGAGAAUGUUUCCAAGCAUCUUCUCAACCAUGGCAUCGAGAUCGAGCUCCCUUUCGAUGGMAAACCAAUAAAACAAGGACGAGAUAUUGGAGACCCGCUUAGUGACGCUAAUUACGUGGUAACCUUCACCGGAGAAGGCGGUCAGGAACAGAGUGCAAACAUCAAGAUUGGACAUAAGAUAUGGUUUGAUGGCGAGAUCAUCAAUGAUGAAUAGUUAAGUGCAGGAAAAUGGAUUGAAGGCGACGUUUAGCAUGAAUUGCAUGGCAAACACGACUGAUCUAGCAUCAUUAAAUGGAAAUGUGAAAA